CCCGCCUGACCAGUUUCCACGACGACAAGUUGUGACAAAACUCACCUCCGCCCCGCUUAUCGGGGUCUCGGCCGAACCGGGCAAGCAUGCUGCGGCCACUCGGUCUCCAAAGUGAACGCGAGAGGAAAAGCCCUUCUUUAAACAUGGCUGCUGAGUAGCGGAUGUAAAAAAAAAAAAAAAAAAAAUGGCUACACCUGCGUCCGCUCGCCCUUCUCCGGCCGGCGUCGUUUAAAGGGACUCCAAACUACUAAGCGUCCGCGAACGCUACCAACUGAGCUGCGCGAUACUUGAAUAUCAUUUUAAUGCGGUUAAAAAGGAGAUAAAUAACGACUUUAUUGGCUGCCGAAUCGCCGCCACCAGUUCCGGUAAAACCGCGACCACUUUGGCGUCAUCCGCCGAACGUCGGACUUUUUUGCAAGCCCCGUCGCGGAAAGGAAAGCGCGGAAGGUCUUCAAAAUGAGCAAAAGAGUCAAAUCUGCCAGCAUGCCAGAAGUGGAGGAACACAUCUCCACCAAAUACGACAUCAGGAAAAGACUUGGCAAAGGGGCCUACGGCAUCGUUUGGAAGGCGGUGGACAGGCAAACGGGCGAGGUUGUCGCCGUCAAGAAGAUCUUCGACGCCUUCAGGAACAAGACGGACGCUCAGCGGACCUUCCGAGAAGUCGUUUUCCUGCAGGAGUUUGGAGAUCACCCCAACGUGGUCAAGCUCCAAAACAUCAUCCGGGCGCAAAACGACAAAGACAUUUACCUCGUCUUCGAGUACAUGGACAGUGACCUGCACGCGGUGAUUAAAAAAGGAACGCUUUUAAAGGACAUCCACAAGCGGUACGUCAUGUACCAGCUGCUCAAAGCGGUCAAAUAUCUGCACUCGGGGAACGUCAUCCACCGGGACCAAAAGCCUUCCAACGUCCUCGUGGACUCUGACUGCGUGGUCAAGCUGUGCGACUUCGGUCUGGCCCGCUCCCUCAACCAGGACCAAGAAGACAGCGGCAACCCGGCGCUGACGGAGUACGUGGCCACCAGGUGGUACCGGGCUCCGGAGAUCCUGCUGGGCUCCACCAGGUACACGAAGGGCGUGGACAUGUGGAGCCUGGGCUGCAUCCUGGGGGAGAUGUUGCUGGGAGAAGCCUUGUUCCCCGGGACGUCCACCAUCAAUCAGCUGGAGCAGAUCAUGAGCGCCAUCCCGCACCCCUGCGCCGAAGAUGUCCUCGCCGUCAAGUCUGAAAUCGGGUCCUCGGUGGUUCAAAGAAUGUUACGGAGGCCGCCGGCGCCUUUUGAGGACCUCCUGCCUUCGUCGGUGCCCCCCGACGCUUUGGACCUCCUGAAGGGUUUGCUGGUCUUCAACCCCGACAAGAGGCUGACUGCGGAAAAAGCCCUCCAGCACCCUUACGUAGCCAGGUUCCACAAUCCGGACAAGGAGCCGUCUCUCAACUACGACGUAGUUCUGCCGCUGGACGACGACGUGCAGUUGUCUGUGGACCAGUACCGUAACAAACUGUACGAGAUGAUCCGGGAGAGGAAAAGCCAACAGGGCAAACUCCGACUCCUGCGCCCCAAAGAAGCCGUCACCGCCACGGAGGACGUCGGCCACAAGGACAGAGGAGACGACAACCGGGACGCGAAGGCCGAAUGCGAAAGCCAACAGGGGCCGGCGGACGCGUCGCCGCCUGCCCCCGCGGAGAAGACGGACCCCUCCGAGGACCCCCGCCCGGGCAGAUGCACUUAUAACCCCAUCACGCACGCUCCGAAUGGCUUUGCUCACUCGACCUCGGCCUGCAGGAAAGCAGCGAGACAGACAAGCGGCAGUGCCACCGUGCCGCCAACAGAGGGCGACAGAGCUAACACAUCCAUGGACCAGAUUAUCCAGCGCGGUCGCUCAGCCCCGGCGCACCCCAACCGCUCCUUCUCGCUGACGUUCGCCCAAGCCCAGAACAACCCGCUGGUGCGCAAGACCGAGUCGCCCCCGGGACUGAACGCCGCCAGCGCAAACUCUAACCAGCGCUCCAGUCCUCAGGGCCGCGACGGUCGACCGGCGCCGCGCUUCAGCAAGAAGGUCUUUCAGAACAACUGCAACGUGCCGGCGGCGGGCGACCCCCGCGCCAAGCUGGGCAGCUACUGCCAGGCGUACGGGACCAUUAGCAAGACGGAGCUGGACAACCUCCUGCAGGCGCGAGCGUACGACCAAUAGCGCGUGACGCCCGCACCACCGGUCAGCGGACGAGAAAACGGACCUCCUAGGAGGCGGGGCUUACUAACGAAUUCUCCGAGGAAUAACGGAUGACAAGACAAUGUCUUCUUGACGGGUUUUUUAUAAAUCGUUGACAAAUUGUCUAACUUUAAAAAAUUCUGGGCUUUUGUGAGGAAAAGAAAGCAAUUUCUUGUCAAUUUACUUUUUCUUUUUUUUUUAACCAAAG